AUGAGAGAGGACUUAAAGGGCAGAUACACAAUCUACUGUGACAGCGACGACAACCUCAAACACCCCACAACUGUCCUGUCCUCUUCUUCAGCUCUACCAGAAAUGAAGGCUAUGAAAUGGGGCGCUGUGGUCCUCUCUUCAUCGUUCCUACUGGAAAAACACGACCUGAUGAAAAGCUUCCGUUCAGCCAUCACAUCAACAAAGACUCUCCAAGUUUUUCUCCGUUUUUAAAAGGAAAAAACAGACUCACCUAGUGAUGAGUUUCAGAUAGCGCUGCAGCCAUUUUCUCCCCGAGUGUCGUCUUCAGGACAGAGCUCCGGUUCUCCCUCCUCCCAGGCCGAGUGUUGAGUACCGGACGGUCGGUGAGACCAUGUCGGCGGCCGUGGACUUCCACUCUCAGAUCGCCUCCAUCAUGGAGGUGUUGGCUAACGCGGCCGUCGCUGAAAUCUGUAAAGUUGUGGACGACGGAUACGCGGUGGUUCACCUGGAGAUGUCCCGGCGCCAGAAGGAGAACGAGUUUCUGCGGAGGAAGAUCAAACUGCUGGAGCUGCAGAUCUCCCGCUACCGAGCGGAGAGAGUGAAGGGAGCGGAGGGCUCCGUUAACAGCCGCUUCCCCGGGGUCCGUCUCCUCAACCGACCCAACAGAGACUCAGUGGCCGGCCCCUCCCUGCAGGGCAGGACCAGGUUUCUGAACCGUGGUCCAGGGUCUCAGCAGUGUGUGCAGAAGAGCCAGCCUAUCAACCUGGACCAGGAUCCUGAUCAGGAGGUCGUCACCACCACUAAAACUGAGUCAGCAGAGCCUGAGGAGGAGAGGGAGCUGCUGAUCGUCAAGGUGGAGGGAGCGAUGGAGACCGGAGGCACCAACUGUGAGGCACCUCUGGACGCCUGCGUCAGAUCCGGAGGAGGAGACACCGCCGACGCUGUGCUCCCUGUUGCCUUGAUGGACGCCGGCAGCAACGAAACGGAGGCCCAGGGACAUCUGAAAAACACAGGAAACCCUCAGAGCCAGGAGGAAAAGAUGGAUGAAGUGCAAGGUGACACCCUAGAGAAACACAGACCGUCCCUGCUGGACUGGCAGGAGAGCAGUGAGACUGAAGAUACAGAGCAGCCAUCUUGUUCCACAUUCGUGCUAGAAACUGUAGGAAAUUCCUCAUUCAGCCAAACAAGGACAAAUGCUCCACCCUCCAGCUUCCCCGCUGUUCCCAGAAUGUCUCAGGACAAACAGGACAUCAUCGUGAUCAACUCACGUCCACGUGCAACAGAUAACAGUUGCAGGGAGCCCCUGUCAUCUGGGCGAGGUGGAGGCGAUGGAGUUGAUGAAGUGACAGCUCUCAGCGGUGUGAGGUCCCAGUAUCAGCCACUGCUGUGUAUUCAGAUCAGUGAGCCCCCCAGGGAAGUGACGUAUGAAGGAAAUCACAGCUCUACCUUUAACAGCCGCCCUGUUUCCAUGAGAACAGUGGACUCCCAGCAGCAGCAAACCCAACAUUUGUGGUCAGGAAUGGAGCAGAUGGACAAUGCCCAGUUCUCCAGUAAGAACCACCUCCACGAGUCUGGUCCAGUCCAGACACAUCAGCAGCAGCCCUGCCUCCCCUACGCCUGCACCUUUUGCUCACGCCGCUACGCCCACCAGUGCCAGCUGCGAAUCCACGAGCGCGUCCACACGGGGGAGAAGCCGUACCAGUGCACGCAGUGCGGGAAGAGCUUCGGACAGUUCUGCAGCCUCAAGCGCCACCAGAUGGUCCACACAGGGGAGAGGCCGUUCCCCUGCUCCCACUGCGGGAAGCAGUUUUCCACCUCCACCAACCUGAAGGUCCACCAGAGUGUCCACACCGGGGAGAGGAAGUUCCACUGCUCCAAGUGUGGCAAGAACUUCUCCUUCCUCAGCAACCUAAUCAGGCACCAGGCUCUGCACACAGCCAGUGAUAAAAUGUACUUCAGAGGAGGAGGUCUGCAGCUGCAGGUGGAAAACCAGAUCACACUGGAGAAGGAACUCUUGACAAUUGUCCCCAAAAAAAAGGCUCUAGUUACGCUGGCCUCCAUCAUGGAGGUGCUGGCUAACGCGGCAGUGGCGGAGAUCUGUCAGCUGGUGGACCGCGGAUUUGCGUCUCUGAGACUGGAGGUCUCCCGGAGUCAGAGGGAGAACCUGGCCCUGAGGAGCCGCCUGCGGCUGAUGGAGGUCCGGGCGGGGGAGCGGUCUGUCAGGAGAGCCCAGACCGUCACUGGUGGUCACCUGCACCGGGAGAGGUUAGUCUUCUCCAGUCAACGCCAGGAUCAUCAGUUUGAAGAAGAUGGUCGUGCUGUUGUAAAAAGAAAAGUCAAGUCCACCACAGUGGAGGAUGUGGACUCUGAGCAGCCACAGCCGGUGGAUGUGGCGGAGGAGUCGAUGGAGCCAGAGGUGGCUGUGAUAAAGAAGGAAAGGCUGGAGCUGACAGGCUGCAGUGAGCCAGAGGACCAUCAGACAGCUGCUAACAGCAGCAUUGGACGUCCGUCUCUCUCUUCUGCUGCUCUGAGUGAAAUCCCCAGAGACAGUGUCUCAGGUCACUUUGAAAAACGGGACUCAGCCAGACUUGAAGCUCAGCAGCAGGAAGAGAAAGAGGGAGUGAGGGAGACCAGUAUUUUGUGUCAGGACUCUCCUCCAGCAGAGCAGAGGAUCAGAGCCACACCGAGACGUUCAAGCAGAGACUUGACCGAAGAAGAAGACAAACAUGUUGUGGAUCCUAGAGAUUCUGUGUCGGCUGAGUCUAGUAGAAGUACAGUUCCUGAUAGGUGGCCCGGUCUCUGGCACUUCCUCAUAAACCUUCCACAGAUGGAGUCACAGGUGCAGAGGAGUCGCUCUCAGUCUCGUCUUUUCCUGUCCUGGGAUGGGAGCAGUUUCGGGAACUCUUCCGUGUCAGGCUGUCUGACCGACUCCUCCUUCAGCAACGCCUCCUCUGACUCCAGGAGCAGAAGCUUCCCCAGCACCACAGAGCGAGUAUCCAGCUGCCAGCUGUGUGGUCGCCUCUUCUCCACCUCCAGGGACUUGGUGGUGCACCAGCGCUCCCAUGCCGGGGAGAGGAUCUACUUCUGCAACAUCUGUAAGAAGCCGUUUGUCCACCCGCACCAGCUGAAAACCCACCAGCGGGUCCACACAGGGGAGAAACCGUUCAGCUGCGCUCAGUGCGGUAAACGCUUCUCUCAGUCCAGCCACAUCAAGAGACACAUGAGCGUCCACACGGGGGAGAAGCGUUACAGCUGCAGCUUGUGUGGGAAACGCUUCUCACAGGCCUGCAGCCUCAAGGUGCACCAGGCAGUCCACACCGGAGAGAGACCCUACAACUGCACCAAGUGUGGCAAGAGCUUCUCUGUGCUGGGAAACCUGGUCCGCCACCAGAGUGUCCACCUCGGAACGGACGGGGAGACGCGGACUCUGAGCUCGUUGCAUGUCUCCAGUCACACACCGGCGUGCGGAUCUGUUGACACCCGUCCGUGCAGGAACAGACGCGCAGCCCUGGCGAUGAUGGCGGACUGUGUCGGCUUCCAAGCGCAGAUCGCCUCGAUCAUAGAGAUCCUGGCCAAUUCCGCGGUGGCGGAGAUCUGCAAACUGGUGGACGAUGGCUACGCGGCGCUGCGCUCCCAGAUGGAGCAGGAGCGGGAGAAGAGCGAGAAGGAGAACGACGCGCUGCGGCAGAAGCUGCGAGACAUGGACGUGAAGAUGAGGAGCUACGAGAGGAAGAUGAGGAGGCGCAGUCAGCGGGAGGAGAUCACCGCCGUUCACUUCAGGCCACCGGAAGGAACUGAUGACCAUCAGCCUCUGGUGCCACCUCUUCCUGCCACGUCCGAAGACAAAUCCUUCCAUCACAUUUCAAAGCAUGGGGAGCCCAAGGUGUUGCCUCUGGUGAAGCAGGAGAAAGUGGAAGGAGACGACUGCAACCUGGACCUGAAGGUGGAGGUGAACAUCAGGGCAGAGUGUGGCCUGUCUACUGCCCUGGAGACCAGUGAAGAGACCCCCCCCAGUGAUGUUCUUGACACCAGUGUCUCCAACCUCGCCUCCUCCACCAUCCACCCAUCCUCCUCCCCCACUGACACCACAAUGGACCUGACCUGCAGGCCUCGAGCGAAACGUAAAGCCACCAAGCCUCUGGGCAGCAGUGUAACAGUCAGCAGCGGGGGCGUCCCGGUCCACGAGGCCACUCACAGGGAACUUGGAGGGAGCCUGACAGACGGUGCUCUGAAGCCAGAGAUCCAGACAGAUGAUACCAUAGAAGAAGAACUUCAUCCCUCUCAGCUGUCAGCCCCUGUAGCGUCAGAUGAGCCCAGUCCCGACCGCCUCAACAGCCUGGGCCUGGACCUGGCCUGGAUGCAGGAGAGGGUCAGCCAUCUUGGUGCAGCAUAUGCAGUGGCACAGCUGGGUUUGGGGAACACGGAAACUGGACACCCCUCUGCCUCCUUCCCCUCACAGGGAGGAGGAGACAGCUUGGAUGGCCCUCCAACCAUGCUCUUCACAGGCGGAGCUCAUGAGAUGGCUGCUUUUGCCGCUUCCUUCGACAUGGCCGCAGCCGCCGCCGCCGCUGCCGUCGUGGCUGCACCGCCUCCUCCACCACCCCCUCCCCCUGCAGCUCCCUCUGUCACCACUACCAGCCAGAGGCGAUCUUACAGGAGCAGCUCUGCUGCUGCUAAAGAUCCUGUGGUGUGUGCUGUGUGCGGCCGGGUGUUCCCCAGUGCAGCAGCCCUGGAGCUGCAUCAGCGGGUGCACACAGGGGAGAGACCCUACACCUGCCCCCACUGUGGGAAGGGCUUCGCCCAGCCCAACAACCUACGGGUCCACCUCCUCAUUCACACCGGGGAGAGGCGAUAUCGCUGCACGCUGUGCGGGAAGAGUUUCAUCUCAUCCAGCCACCUGAAGAGGCACCGCACGGUCCACACGCAGGAGAAGCCGUACAGCUGCUCACGCUGUGGACAGUCCUUCAGCCAGAUGUGUAGUGUUCGCAGACACCGCCAGCAGUCCCAGUGUGGCCUGUAGACCGACCACUGGAGCUGAUGGAACUGAUUCCCAUACAGUUUGGACUCUGGACUCUGGAAGGGUGAAUCACUGAAAUCCCUUUAUAUGGGAAUUCAUGCAUCUUAUGUAAGCACGAGCAAACACGAGGAGACUGUAUCCUGUGAUAUCACGACAUGUAGAGUUGGUAUUUGUCUUAGAUCAUAGUGGUAAUAUGUGAAUUCUGUUUUAAGCUGGAUUUCCCUGUUAGGAGCUCUCAACCUUUUCUUACUCUUUGUUUGAAACUGAAAGGAUCACAGAGUGGACAAGUGCCUCAGCCAGUGUUGAUAACACUUUAUCCAUUUGUCAUGAAAAGAGUUUGUUUGUGACAGUCAUCUGGUUUACAUGACUAACACACACGUGUUGAUCCUGGAGCAGAGGAUCAUGGUCUAUCUUGGAUCAUUUUGGCCAUCCACAGUCCGGCUGGUCGAACAGGAUGAACAUAACCUUAUUCUGAGCGCCUGACAGCUCUGUAGUAUCUAAGUCAUGACUUGAUUCAUAAAAUUGAUUUACAAUACAUUUGAAAUUUAUCAGACCUGAAAUACUCGUAAUUAACAAAAAUCUAAUCUUGCCUUAUCCUACUGUGGUUUCACAUGGCCACACACUUCCAGCCUCUGUUGUUUGUUUCAUUUCUUAAACUGCAAACUGUCCAUGUUACAUCCUCUGUGGAAUAUUUCAAUUUUUUUUGUGUGUGUUUUUCCAAAAAACUGAAAGCAGGGGAACAUGUUAGCUACACAUUCCAACAACUCCAAGGUUGUUUAUAUUUUAUGUUGUUGACAUACGUGGUGGUGAAAAAAGUGGAAACUGUGCUGCUACCAGGAAGAAACACACUGCAUCGUUAAACUCUUUUAAUAUUUAUUUAUUUUACUCUAAAGGGACCGUGAGCAAUUUGAAACAUAAAUGUUACACUUGUAACAGAGUUAGCUUAAAGCUUAUUAUCAUCUGCAUACAAAGUUACACACAGCAGUACAUCACACACACACACACACACACAUGCACCAUGUCAGAUUCAAAUAAACUGAAAGCAUAAAUAUUUCUAUGCUGAACAAAAAUCAAUAAAAUAAUUGGAGUGAACUAUAGUCGAUUUUCCAGUUUGGAAAUAUCUUUGGGUUUUUGAUUUUUGGUCAAACAAAAGUUGGUUUGGUCAAUUUUUAUUGGGAAUUUUUCAGAGUUAUUGGCAGAAUAAUACAAGGGGGCUUCAAAAAGUUUGUGGAAAAAGGACAGUUGGAAAAAAUGAUUUAAGUUGUGAUGUUUAUUUUUGGGUUGCAACAUGCUUUUAAGGGUUCAUGUUAGAACAUGUUAUGACACUGUUAGUACGAGAACGUACAGGUGCACUGAGAUCAAGAUCCCUGCACAUGAUCUUUGGCUAUGUACCACAAACGUUUUGAAGCCCCCUCGUAGUUUAUUGUCGCCCAAGAUACUGAAUUGGCCUUUUGUCUGGACUCUUUCUUUGUACAAGGACCAUAGGUGAUUUAAUGAGUGUUUCUCCAGUCUGACCCCAGAAUGAAACACAACAGGACGUGAGAAAUGAUGACUACAUGCUGAAAUGUUCUGGCUUCAUUCAUAAUAAGACUGUUUAAAAUUUAAAACUUGCCAAGUUGCAUUUAAUGGUUUUCAUCAUUCUUUGACAUGUUUCUUAAAAAGAAGAUUGGGUCCAUUAUAAUCCCAAGAUAUUAAAGUUCAGUGACUAUAUUAUUAUUUUCACCGUCAGUGAGAAUGUGAAAACAUUAGGAGGAUAUACAAUGACAAUGGUUUGGAAAAGAACAACAGAGUCACUGGCAUAAAUGUGAGAAAAAUAAAUUUAUGGAAGGGAGGAGGAAGACUAAAUAACACUGAUCCUUGAGGUAUAGCCAUUGAACACUUCAUACUGCUUUAGAUGAAAAAUUAAACUUAGAGGAUUUAGAAAUGGGAAUGUCAUGACUGAGUCUGUCUCAGUCUGCAAUCAUAGUACUCCUCAUCCUCUAUCCAGCCCACUGUAUUAGUUCUGUUGGGUGUAAGGUAGCUGUUUCAGGGGAGCGGGGUUGCCAGUCAAACUUGAGAUGUAGUGGAGACCAGCUUGCUAGCUAAUACAGACAACUUUGGAGUUGUUGGUUGUUGUUUUUUGAUGGAGCUAGCUAAUCUAACUUGCUGAUGCCUGCCUCUAGUGUAGGCUAACCACGUGCUGGACCUAUCUCUGUACUGUUUGGUCACGAUCUUCUUUUCUGACUGAGGGUAAAAUGACAAGAAAGUUUUCUCACCAAAAUGUCAGACUCUUCUUUUAAAGCACUUUAAAUGUUCCCCCAGCUCCUCCUUAAAGCCAUGAGGAAAACCUAGACGGCAGUGCUGGUAGACAGUUUGUUUCUCAUGAUGUAUCCAUCACAUAUAGUCCACUCUGCUACAGUGUCAUGAAUGAGAGGCCUUCUCAGAGCAGUCUGUUGUUGAAUGGUAAAUGUCGGCACUUUGUUGAAUAAAUCUUGUAAUGUAGGCCUGCACCUUCUCCUGUAUGACUGUGUUCAUGAUUAAGUGUAUCACACUAACUGUUGUCAGUAUACAGUAUGUAUUUACAUAGUGGGGAGAUGUAACGUGCUGUUGUCCUGAAGAUUGACCUCAUGGUUUGUUUGCACAGUUGGGCGGUGACAUCAGAAUACUGAAUUUUUUAGGUACAAAGCCCAGUUGAAGUAGACCUGCAAUGUUUUAAACCCCCUUUCUCAACUGUCCAUAAGUCGAAGCCUUAGGUGUAACCGUCAUUUUUUUGACCUCAAUGAAAUAUCAAAGAAUAAAGCACUGUAAAAAAAAGAAAAAAAAGAAAAGAAAAAAGAUGUAAAGUAAAAACAUAUAUAUCAGCAGAGUUUGUAUGUGUUGGUGUUUGGAUGUCAUUGACAUUAGCUGUAGGCUCCACAGCUAUAUCAGAUAUUUUGUCUUUUAGUAUUCUUUCAUGAUCUGUUCCUGUGUUUAAAAAUGUAUGGGUAUCAUUAAACAUGUAAAAGGUUUGCAAUAAAACUGGCUGUACUUUGGACAUCA